AAAGUUUCUGGUAAUACGAAUCUAGCUGGACGAUAUUGUAAUUAUUCCUUUCCACGAACUAGAUUAUCAAAGGCAGACAGAGAGACUCAACCUUCGAUAGCUCAGUUGGUAGAGCGGAGGACUGUAGGUGUGAAAUCUGAUAUCCUUAGGUCGCUGGUUCGAAUCCGGCUCGAAGGACUUUUUAUACUUAACUAAAAUGAUCAUAAUCGUUCUGGAAUAACCGCAAACAGACGACCGUGCCUCCAUCAAGCAAAUAUGAAGUCGAAACAAGCUUCCGUUUUAUUAUAGCUAUUUUCGUUAUGAACACAAUCAAGUGAUUUUGAUUAAUCUUGAUUAUUCGUCCCAUUGAACGAACCAACGUGUUACUACAUCUUAAAUUAGUGGUGGAGAUUGUGUUUAGAGAAAUAGUCUACUUUGCACCAUACGCUGCCAUUUCACUUUCUUCUUUCGUACACUGCCGGUUAGUGAACUAGGAAAAGCAGGAAAUGGUGUCGGCUAGACUUCCGCAUGAAACAAUGAACCAGUUGAACAACCUUGUCUAUGUCAUGUCUAAAUUACCCCCCAAAAAAGUUUGCGCUGAAGGAAAAAUAGGCGUGGACACGUGGUUAAAGCUACCGCCUUCAGCAAAUUAUUUGAACGAACAAUAGCGACAAUUUAUGCGCGAAGCCGAUGUGUAUGUACGUCUGAAAAUAACCACUUUAAAAAAAUAGUUUGUAUUCUUUUUGGUAGCUGUUGGGAAGUCGAUCGCUAGUUUGUAAAGCUGGUCGUUCGUUGUUAGUCGGCUGGGCAAAGCAGGGACGUGUUAAAGAGUGCUAUUUUGGUACUAUUACCUUACUGGUUUUAAGAAUCCGAAUAACACAAACUGGGCGAGAUGAAACGAAAAUCUUGAAAAGGACAAAAUAACUUUCAGACACUUUUCACCUCGCGUACAUUUUAGGCAAUCUGUACUGCAAGAUGCUCUAUUGAAUUUCACAUUGAAAUGCAUUUUUAUAGAAAGAAUUUGAUUCGCAGGCGUUCAGAUAUGCUGCUCGGUUAUCUAGUCAUAGCAGCAGCAAACGUUUUGUGCAUUUUGGUACCGGAGUGUGCCGCCGACGGGAUUCCGACCAUGGAGCCGCCGAAAUGGGCCGGAUUCCUGCGGGAAGUUCGGUCUAGGCUGGUGGAGUUUUCCAAGGAAACGCACGAGUACGUGGUGUCCGUCGUGGGGACCCGGGCGAUUGACACGUCGUUGGAGUGCAUUCAGGGGGUGAUCAGAGUGUUGUCAGAGGGAGCAGCCAGUGGGCUGAACGUUGUUGCUGUGUACGUCUCCGAGAUCUUCAGAGUAUUAGGAAUCCAGAUCCAACUGCCGUUUCAUCAAAUCACACCUGAAGGGGUGGCCUUUGUCGCUCAGUGGGCCCUGCUGGCUGUGAUUGGCUACUGGCUGCUGUCCCUGCUGCUGCGAUUGGUGGGUUCUGUGGUGAGGCGGGCCCUGUGGAUGCUGAAGCUGGGCGUGGCUCUCUGGCUGUUCGCGCUGAUCGUGGGCGAUGCAGACGCAGGGGUGGAGACCACAGCCCUGCGAUUGGCCGGGCUGGUGUUAGCCUGCGUGCUGAUGGGAGUGGGCGGGGCCAGAAGCCGCAGCCCUGACUCCGCCCACCUGGAGAAGCGCAUCAGAACCCUGGAGGGGAAGCUGAGAGAGGUGGAUCACAAGAGAGAGUGAGGGAGAACACACACACACUCACUCACACUCACUCACACACUCUCACACACUCUCACACACUCACACUCACACACUCUCACACACUCACUCUCAUAUACACACACACACACACACACACUCUCACACACUCUCACACACUCACUUUCAUACACACACACACACACACACACACGCACUCACACACACACACUCACUCUCAUACACACACACACACACACACACACACACACUACUCAGACACACACACUCACACACUCUCACACACUCUCACACACUCUCACACACUCUCACACACUCUCACACUCUCUCACACACACACACUCACUCGCACUCGCACACGCACGCACGCACGCACACACACGCACACACUCACACACGCGCACACACACACGCGCACACACGCACACGCACACGCACACGCUCACGCUCACACACACGCGCGCACACACACACCCAGGGAUGACACAGACCCACACACACAGCCAAUUCCAGCUUUUUUGGUCCACGACAGGAAAAAAACAAAAAAACAAAAUCUUGAUUUUUGUGUUUUCUUUUAAGAGUGGAUAUGUGUGUACAUUGUCAAACAACACCAAAGGCAUGACGGUAGAAUAAACUUUUUUAACAUAAA